AUGCUCUCUGCACGGGGUGUGAUAACACUAUAUACGCUUGGAAUACGUCGCUUUGCAAAUGUUGCUGCUGAUUUACCUUCACAUUUUUCUGUUGCAAACGUAGAAAAGAAAUCACUUGAGGAUUUAUUGGAACCAGUAACUACUCCCGAAAAAAUUAAGAUUCCAGAUGGAAUACAAAAGGUUAAAGAUCUUGAUGGCACACCUGUGGAUGUAGUAUGCUCUCGUCGUGUACGUAUAUAUCGACCUGCUCGUCAAGCUACUCAGUCAGGCUGGGCGAAUACUAAGACCUGGAAGAUCGAGUUUGAUAAUCAAGAAAGAUGGGAAAAUCCAUUGAUUGGUUGGUCUAGCUCUGGAGACCCUUUGAGUAAUAUUUCAAUGGCAAUGGAUUUUGCAUCGAAAGAAGAUGCCAUUCGCUUUUGUGAAAAAAAUAAUCUGAAUUACGAAGUUGUGCAACCUAAUGAAAGGAUAAUAAAACCGAAAAAUUAUGCAGAAAAUUUUUCGUGGAAUAAACGAACGAGAAUCACAAACAAAUAG